CACCUACCACAACGAUGUUGGACUCUUCAGGUCCAGAUUUAAUGCACAUAUUGAAGGAGAUGGCAAAUGAAAUGCAGAAUCUGUCAGUACAGAGUUCAUUUUCUGAUGAUGACAAUGUACGGGACUUCAUGGCACAGUUGUGUAAUAUAGAUUCCAGGAAUUUUCUAACACCUGCAGAACUGUUAGAGUAUGAUGCUAUGAUUGAGGCUGGUGAAGUUCUUCAUGGAAAAGAACUUGAUGCAUCCAUUGAAUUUUUCACUGACAGUCUUCAAGAAACUGAAGAUGACAAUAACUGUUUUAUCACUGAAGAACUAGAGAUGGCUGACUCGCAUAUCAGAAUAGUUACUGAUCUUCAGGAGACCUUGAACAAAGAAAUUCUCCAUGUGCGUUCUGGUAUGCGUCAGCUAGAACAGCAAGAGAAUGCAGCUCAUUACAGUCUGCUAGCUGAAGAACAACACUGCAUUGAACUCCAUUCAAGGGUUUAUUCAGCUCAGGAAGAGUUGCUUAAACGACUGCAAUGUCUUAAAAAGUUAUCAACUGACUUUAAGAAUGUGAAAUCUGCUCCUCAACUGGUAGGCCAACUGCCCUUAGAAGCAUACAGGAAAAGAUGUUUUCAGUUCAGUCAUUCCAUAAAGAUGAUGAUGAAGCAAUGUUUAGAAUGGAAUGAAUCUUCAGCUGGAGAAUAUGAAGAUGACCAUCUGGAGGAACUGGAACAAAGCUUCGUUGAAAUGAAGAUGGAGUAUCUGUAUAUGUUGGCAAGUUAUCAAGGAAAGAAAGCGUCCAUUGGAAAAUUAAAAGAUAUCAUGAAUGAUAUACAAACAUCAAAAUUCCCUUUUUCAUUCAAUGAGAUAAGAAGUCAGUCUCUACUACUUGAGGAGAAGGUGAAUGGAGACAAGGAACAAAUCUCUCUUAUGUGUGAAAAUGAAGUGUUGCCAGCAGUAGAACAAGCUGUUGAAAUGGAUGUUUUACAAAUAAAGAAGUACAGGAAUGACCAUAAACUUUGCAAACUGGAGAGAAUUUUCAAACAAAAUAAUUCUUUGGCCAGAUGCUUAGAAGCUGGACUUACAGACAGUGAACUGCUUCUGUUACUAUUGGUUUGUGAGAGGCAAAAGAUAGUUGACAUGGCAGAUCUAUAUCAACAGUGCCACCAAGUAAUAAAUGAGGAAUAUUUGCAAUUCACAUCACGCAUGAAAACAAUGCAGGAAUUGAGAAAAGAUGGAUGUAGUUAUUCAUUAAUAAUGGAAAAUCCUCUUGUUCAGUGCUUGGGUCAUUUAUUCUCUGAUGAACAUUCUGCAAAGACAGGUAUUCAUGGGUUGAUGCGUCAUGUUGAGAAUCUGAACAAAGAUAUAAUAAACCAAGAGGAAAAGUUGUUCAAUUCUUUAUUUAACAAGCAGAAGAGUGUUUCUCAGUAUGAGAAUUCCAUUAAAACUGCAAAGAAAUAUCUUUGUUCUGGACUUACAAAAAGACCUGUACUCCUCAAAAUGGAGAUUUCCACUUGUUGCAGUAACAUUGAACAGCUGCUGGAAUCAUUUCAAGAAGUGCUGAAACAAAUCAAAGAUAAUUAUAAGAGAAAACAGGUAUACUUUUCAGAGAAGCCAUUCCUGCAAGAACAGCGAUUGCUUUGGAUUCACUUCUUAAUGGAUCCCAAGAAGCUUGUUGCUUUAAUUGAACAUCUUCAAGAAUUAACAGAAAAAAGAAUUAAUUAUAAUAUUUUGAAAUAUCAGAAGAUUAAGAGACGAGAGACUUCUUUCUUCCCACAGAGAAUGCAAAAGUAACUUGCUAAUUCCUUUUACAGUAUGUAAUGUGAAAAAAAAAUAGCUAAUCAUCCCAUGCAAGUACCAUUUUUACUCAAGUUUAAUGUUUUUUGUUCAGUAGUAGAGUAUAAAAACAUAGAAAAUUCACUGUUAUAUAGGAAAAUUUACUGCAGAAUCAUUGAAUUGUCAGUUUUUCUACUGCCAUAGACACUUUUGAUCCAUCAGUUCAUAUCAAGUGGAUCCUAUUUCUAAAGUAUAAUUCAUAAUUUUGCAUUGUCUAACAUGCAAUUACAUCUUUCAAGUGUCUCUGGAGAAGCACAACCAAGGAUAUUAGUGUAUUCUUAAGGGAUAGUCUGUGCUUUAGAUGGUAUACCAGUUUCCAGAGCUGCUUCUGUCAUUGACUGACUUUUGAAGUAUUCUCAUAUUGAUAACUUGAUGUUGAUUUUCAGGUGUAUUACAGUUGCCACAUGUUUAGUUGUGUUUAGAAUAAAUUUAAGACAACAUACAGUGCCUACUGUGUUAGUGCUAAUAAAAUGUAUAAAUUUUAAAAACUCAUUUGCUCUAAGUGUUCAGCAUAAUUAAAAAUACAUUAAACAAAAUUUAAUAAAUCACUUUAUGCAAUCAUGGGACAAAUUAUUACACACGUUUUCUCCAUAAAAGCAUUUCCUGCACCUAAAAAAAGUCACCCAACUAAUGUCUACAUCACUUUUCUUGAGUUCUACAUUACCCGUUUCUUCAUGUAAAAAGAAUCUUUGUAUGGUAUGAUAUGGCAGGUGUCCACCUGAUUGGAAACAUUACCCAGAGCUCCUUUUCUCAGUACUGUUAAAAUAUUUACUGUAGAUAUUGGGCGUUUCUUUUUGGGCAGUAGAACAGAGCAGUACAUCAGCACAGCAUCCCUAUAGCUACUGCUUACCUCCCUCUAAUCCCAUAAGCAAGAGCUCAACGUAUCUUGUAAUUGCAGCAGGUAAAAAGUAAGGUUCUUCUGUCACGUACAAGGUUAUUGAAAUGGAUCUUGGACAUGUCAAGGUAAAGUGAAUUGGUUUUAGGUGACUUAGGAGUAGAAUGGCAAGUAUAAUAAUCACAAAUGGCAAUUCCUUAUCCAUUCAUUUAUGAAGACACUCAAAUACAGCAAAAAGUUUUCAAAAUUUCUCAAGGGCCCUGGUGGCAGGUAAAGGGUGAGGAAAGGGGAGGGGGCAGGAAAUAUGGAUGACUGUAGGAAAAGUGUGAUUGUGAUAUACAGGAAGAUACUAUAGGUGGGAUCUUCUUGAACAGAUUUCAUUGCUCACAGUAUAGUUUUCCUCAAUAUGUAAAAUUUGUUUCUACUUACUGAAUAUAGUGAUUAAUAUUUAUUUACA